GACUUUUCUGUCCAGAAUUUCGGAUUUAUAUUUUGAGUAAUUCUAGCUCCUAAGUUCACCUAGACUCCGUCCUUAAUUCUAACAAGUGGUAUCAGAGCGAUAUUGAGGACAUUAAGAGGAGUCUACAGAAGUUUGAAGACCCUUCUAGACCCACCAUGGCCUGUGGGUGUGCCUAAGUGGUGUUCUAAAGGUUGGAUGUGUCUUCCGCUAAGGGGAAACUCUGCCGAAAUUUCGUGGACGCCGACACUUGUGAAAAUAUCGAGGGAGCUGAGUGUGGACAGCAAAGGGUAGCUGAAAUUCGUCAUUUCUCAAGGAGAAGAUGAAUGAGAGAGGAGGAGAUGCUAAUGGGAGAGGAGCUGUAGCUGAGAAGACAACUACUGAAGAUUGCUGUUGGGGAGGAGAAGAUGCCGGAAGAAGGCGAAGCACGUGAGCGGUGGAUUGAGAAAAGCGCGGUGCUUUUUGACCUCAUCCUUCAAUCGGUCAACAAGGAGAUGUUCGAGCACAUCAAGGAUCUUGUGGAAGCGGAUGAUUCGGGUCCAAGGGCGUGGAAACUACUACGUGAUGUGAUUCAGCCCAACACUCUCCCAAUGGUGAUCGUGCUCGAGAAGGAACUUGCUGCCAUCUCCAUGCGACCAGGGGACAAUGUGAAGCCGGUCCUUGACAAGAUCAAGGACACCUAUGCAAGGAUGGCAGCAGCGGGCAGCAGUGUAUCUCAGCUGCAGCAGUGCACCAAGAUCAUCUCGGUGCACAAGGUGAAGGUGCACAAGGUAACGCCUAUCCUGGGAUGUAUCUCAUGGUUGAGGAUGUGCAUGGGCAUGAGGGUGAUGUGGGAUCUGUGGGAAAGGUUGUGAUGCACCCUCUCACGCACUGGGUGAUUGAUUCGGGUUGCACCAGUCACAUGACUCCACGGGCAGAUUUGCUUGAUGAGGUAAAACCCCCUGGGAAGAUCAAGUAUGUGGCAGCAGCGUCAGGUGCUUUGCUCCCCGUGAUUGGUGUUGGGAAUGCCAAGGUUAAGGGAGCUAAUGGGGAGCUUGUGGGGCUUGGGAAUGUUCUGCUGGUUAAA